AUGGCGUCACGCGUUUCGUGGGACAUCUCAGGAACCAUCCUCACAUCCGCAGGCCACGACAGACAUUUUCCAGCGUUCCAAUUGCUGCCCGGUGGCGAGUGGCGCGACUUUGACGCAGGAAAGCUUCCCUCCAAAGACAUCGCACCAAAACAUGACGAUGACCAGGAGCAGUAA